CCAUUUAUCGAUCACCCGAAUUUAGCCGAAGAUAUUUUUCGUCUGCAAUAUUUAGUCAAGUUGAAAACCGUAUAUGAAGAAAAUGACGAUCGACAUUCGCCAGCGUCAAUUACGGCGCGACGUUAGUGUAUAUUUAUUUGAACAAAAAAUGACACUUAUCACCUCUUAUCGAAAAUAAUUUUGUUUCAUUCGUUCCUGUACCACUAUAUCCCGAUUAACAGCCCUCCUCGAUCAAUGCAUCAUUUGACUUUAUUACACUGGAAUUAUUGCGGUUGAAAUGGCUGUAUUUAUGCUAAAUAUUUGUAAAUUCAAUGGUUGUGGUCUUACGUUCAAAAGCUUAGGCGAUCUAAUACAACACAUCGAGGAAACUCAUAUUGGUGAAUAAUUUUGCUGUCUCAAUGCAACAACUCGGGCUAGUUGAGGUUAUGUCUGUUUUGAGGUUAUCUAGGAUUCAUCAGCCAACGUUAAGCGACUAAUGAUUAAUUAUACUUUUCAAUAUUAUGACCCCCGAGUUGUUGAGCAAACAGAGCAACAGCAGCCAACUUGUAUACCUCUGAGUUAUGUAUUACGAUUCUUGACGGAUGCUGCACGAAAAGAGGGCGUCAAGCCCGUUCAUCAAUCCAGGUCAAAUCAAACCUGUCUUCCUUCCUCAACGCGCAACAAAAAUAAUACUCCUACGGGCAGUGAGGCAGAGGAGGGAGAGGACUUUGUUAGUGAGCCAGAAGACAGCAAUGACUCCUGGACCACUUCCUUGGAGUUCUCCGCUGACUUCAUCCUUCGUUAUGGCAGCAGGGCUGUGAGCCAAAAUACUGCGAAUCAAAACAAUAAUACAGACAAGCCAUUUGCCUGCCCCAUACCUGGAUGUAAAAAACGCUACAAGAACAUCAAUGGCAUAAAGUACCAUUCUAAAAACGGGCACAAAAAUGAUAACAAGGUACGGAAGGCGUUUAAAUGUCCAUGUGGAAAGAGCUACAAAACUUCAUAUGGCUUGAAAAACCAUGCAGCAAUACAACACAGCGGUUCUCUACUACAGGUGAAGAUACUACAAAAUAACAAAAUGGUCAUUAAAUUGGAAAGCGACUAUGACAGCAGUACCAGUUCUAUCAGCGACAGGCAUUCUCUUCAUUUAACGAAACCAUCAAAAUGUAAGGUACCAGCAAUCGAAGAUCACGGAUAUAUAAAACAAGAGCAGUCUGUUGUCUCAGAAACAGAUUGUAAAGGUGUCCUUGGCAUUCUUACUCCUGCAUCAUCACCGCCACUACCUGUACAUACCUCCAUUAGGGCAAAGCCUGUAAUACAUCCUGUGCAUAAUGUACAGAAAUACCUUGCUAAUUUAAGCUCUAGUCAAAUAAAUUAUCCUAAUAUUACAGUAACAGCUAAUGAAUACUAGUCGAAAAGAAUAUAUACAAAAAAAAAAAAAAACUUCUAAUGAUAUAGUCAAAUGUUUCAUAUGGCUCAGGUCUUGAAACUUUUAAUAUAAUCUCAAUUUAAUUAUUCUUUGAAAAUGUGCGUGAAUGUAUUACACUUGUAAGAUGCUUAAAAUUCACAUAAGUAUUUUAGUUCCCUUAAGAUAUACUCUAACUCAUCCAGUGGGCGCAGCGACAUUGUACACUCUUCAUGCAUCAUAUGCUCAGCACUAUGCCAUAGUCAUCAAGCGCAUACAUUUUCAACUUUCUCAAGUAUAGGGAAACUGUCAUUUCUGUGAAGUUGUCAUAGGUAAAAUAAUCUUUAAUCUUGGGUAUGCAGGUUGUUCUCAUGUUACCUUCCUAUGUCGGAGCCUAAGACUUAUUGUGUUCUUUUAACUUUGUUCUCAUCAUACAUCAGCGAUUGACUUUCUUGCAUAGUUUUGCAUAACACCUGUGUCUGUUGCCAGUAACUUUCUUUUUCUUAAUAUCAUUGUUUGAUAAAGUUGUAAGGUGAGCAAAUAUCAGCGUGACAAAACAAAUUACUUUUGUUCCAGCCAAUAUCAUUGAAAUAACUUUUCUCUUAUCGCAUAACGAUAUCUUUGUAUUUUCGCUUAAUGCCUUAAGUUUAUGCAUUUGUAUCAAAUGUUUUCUUAAUUGUCAUUACUCAUUUCCUCCUCACAAACACAAGAGCCAACAUUCAUUAUCAGUUGUGUGAUCUAUAUAACCAUUCUUCAAUAAAAAUUUCAUCACGAUAAGAUCAUUACAAUUAUAGAAAUUUUAUAUGAUUUCUUGACAAUUAUUUCGUACAAACUGUAUAAAUUACAUAACAUUCAUGUAACACUGACAUGACAACUUAAUGUAAAAAUGGGUGUAUGCUGAUACGCAAUUGUGGAAAGCGCACUAUAAUAUUAAUUGAAAACAUUGUCGACUCAUCCUGCAUAAUGAUAUUACUAUCAUCAGCAACGGUGUUCAAACCACUCACUACGGUACAUAUUACACAGUUUGUGCCAUGUUAAGCCUCCAGUAUACUCACUAGCAAAUAAUUCGUUCACCAGAUUUUGACUUAACAAUGUAAAGGUCAAGAUAAGAAACAAAGUUUGGUUCUGACACAUUUUUGAUGUAAUAACUACAAUUUAAUUGAAAUCAAAAAAAUUACCAAGCAGCUAUAUGUUGUUGAACCUGUGACUUGUUAUAUUUUGUUAAAUUUUCUUGGCGCAUGAAAUUUGUAAAAAUUUUUCUCUCAUAGUCGUAUGUCCAUAGCAUUAAAAAGAAUUAAAUUUUAGCAAUAACACGUUAAUAACACUUGUUGGCAAUACAAAUCGAUAUUUUAACACUUUGUGUGGUACGAUUAAAGAUAAGUUUGACAAAUAUAUUCCAAGUAUAGAACAAAGUUAUUGGUAAAUUGAAUUUAUGUUGUACAUCAAUGCGAUAACAUUACCUUGCUUUGUUGGAAAAUGUAU